AAAUCCGCGACUGCAUGGGGGUGGCGUGAGCAUUUAUGAAGGGACAGUGUGCCUCUGGCUUCCGUGCGCGUUGGAUCGUUUCACACUCUUAUUCACUGCUCUCUCAAUCCAUUGCAUUUUGAUAUCAAUAGUGAUCGCCGUUUUACAAAAUUACUCUUGUGUAAUAUCGAUACAAACAUGUGCUAUUCAUUGAUUGAUUGAUGAUAAAAUUAUUUUUGUUUAUCACAAGUUAUACGAUUUUGUUAUGAUGUUUUAAAAACACUGGGAAAUAUUUUCUAAUAUUUUUUUUUAGUAAUUAGCAUUUUUUUUUUUUUCAAUGUUGAUUUUUAUAUCGAAAAGUAGGUGGUUUUUCUAACCCUGCUGAAACUUUUGAGUGUGUCCUUAAAAAAUUAAAAAUAGUCUAUUUUUUUAAACAAUUUAAAGUAUAUAUAUGUAUAUAUUGAUGAAGAAAUAAUGCGUUGUGUCUUCUUAAGAGCAUUAAGUAAAGUAUUGUUUUAAAAAAUUUGUUUUUAUGAAGGAUCUGAAUUAUCAGUUUUGGUCGUAAAAAUGUGGUCUAUGAUUUUCGUGACUCUUGACAAUUAAAACGUUCGUAAAACUAGUGAUACUGCAUGAUAUUCGUUAUAAAAAUUACUUCACGAUAAACAAUAAAUAUUUUAAUAAAAAUGAAGAUAUAGUCAUUAAUAAUGAGAAAGAAAAUAAAUAAGUUAACUAGUGUUGGAAGAUGGCAAUGUGUGUUUCAAACUUUGUAAACGAAUUUAUUGAAUCAGUUUUAUACAGAGAAGGAAAGUAAACAAGUUGAUGCGUGACAUGUGCCAGUUGUAGAGUACUGGACAAAAUAAUAAAAAAUAUAGAGAGUAGAAGAUAAUAGUGUAUGUGAAGAGAAAAACAGUAGAAGGGUAAAAUGUGUUGCUCUGAAAAUACAAGCGGUUCUCGGAUGACCCGAUGUGGAAUUGUUUGUGGUUUGGCAGCGCUUGCUGCCCUUACCACUGCCCUUCUUGGACCUGCAUGGCUUCACACUGAAGAAAAACUAUCACUUCCGCAUUUGCCAAGACAGCUUGCGUCUGCUGUUAGUGUCAAAUUUAAACUUGGACUCUUCAAAGUAUGUCCAAAAAUUAUCAAACCUGCUAAUAUUACAUUACACAUAAUAACCCCGCCAUGUACUAACGUGAGAUACAACAGUCUGGCUGACGUAACAUCACAGGAGCUUGGCUUCAAUCAACUAGAUUUUACACCCUUGGUCGUAUCGAAAAUGAGAAUAUCAGCACCUUUUCAAGCAGUAGCCGUGGUGUUAAUUUUCGCAGGAACUUUUUCAGCGUUGAUCGGUCACUGUUAUGCCGAUCACAAGACCGUGAUCGCUUGCGGGCUAUUUCUUCUUGGGGGUCUUUCUUUGGGUGGCGGUUUAAUAGUUUUGGCAUCAGCACUUUCAGAUGCUUCCUUUGAAUCCCCUACAAGAUACAGCCUUUCAUCUACAUCAGGUUCAACGGAAGAUAAUGGACUUCCAAAGUAUCAAUAUGGCUGGUGUUUACAACUUUCAGGGCUUGCUUUAAUACUAGCCGAAAUUGCAGCACUAUUGACUGUCUCUGGAUACAUGGCACGGUUCCCUACCGUAGAGGAAAUGGUCCAAGUUAUGGUCCCUGGAGCUGCAAGGAAGUUAAGAGAACAACGUGGAUUAUCUUCAGAAUACCUCGUAAGAGCUCAUCAAAAAUCUCCUGGAGUACCGCAAGCACGGAAUUUCGAUCCUCCAACAAAAGAUGUUAUUUUAGGACCCCAACGAUUAACAGAAGAAGGUACGUCGCUUCUUUGUAAAUCAGCGCCUGAUAUUUGUGCAUCUAAUCCUCAAGCAAUAAGUUACGUCGAUAAAGCAGACUUAUCACACAUGUUACCAGCGUACCCGGACAGUCAGACUCUUGUGGAUCCACGUUUUACUUUUGUCGAUAAAGCAGAUCCUGGUAUUGUAGACUCACGACUCAGUGGGUUUGCCGAUAAAGAAGGACUCAUGGAUUCACGGAUUUUACCAGACUCGAGGCAGAAUAUGAUCGCUUUUAACGACAGUAAAGAACAUGUCAUCAGUCAAGAAACUAGACAUGUAACUUACGCAGACAAUACUAAAAACGAGUGUUUACUGGAUGCACCACUGGGGUUUAAUCGUUACAACAGUCUGGCAGGUCAGACUGUGCCAAUAACUCUCAAACAUCAAAAUAGUCCAACAGUAUCGGCAAUACAGGCUCAAGCGAUGUAUCAAAACUUUGGCACCAUUCAUUCAGGAAUUCUGAGGGUAUCCGAACCCGGUACUAGCUCCAGUUCAAACUCCAGUCAAAGAAGUAUGACCCUACAGAAUCCCAAGAGAAAGUCACAGAUUGCCCAGAAUACCUUCAGUACCCUCGAGUGUGAAAAGAGAAAACAACGUGCCACUGGUGUUGGAGGCAAAGCAGGUUUCUAUACCGGGAGUGCCGUAUGACCACCACCACCGCCACCUACCCCAAGAUAACUUCGAGAAGAGGAUGAAUCUACACUGUAAACUAUCUUACGAGUCUUACCGACUGUACCUAGUGUGUUAUCCUCUGACGUUUGUUUACCUUAUCGCUGCGGGUAGAUGGCUGGUAAUAAUGAGAACUGUUACCAUUUAUAUAUUACGAUAAAUCAUUCAAAGACAAUUUUAAAAUGAUUAACGAUAUAAUUUAAAUAUCUUAUAGCCUAGUGUAUGAUAAUUUAUUAAGACAAACUCAAGUGAUUGUUAAAAAUAAAUAAAUGAAAUGUAAAUAUUACAAAAACAUUAAAUGUUUCUAUAAAAGUGAAUAAAAAAAUAAAACGAUAAUUUAAAUAAUGAAUUUAACAAUACAAUAAUCUCGUUUUUUUAUAUUGUAAUAACAUACGUGUUCUAAAUGAUACUGCCUGAUUUUAUUUUUUUUUAUAUUUUUUAAAUUCAUGCUCAAAUCGGUUAACAAAUGCGAUCAACCGUGUGUGAAAUGUUAUUAUAAAAAUAAAAUAAAAUAACAAAUAUAUAAAUAUAAAUAUAAAUAUAUGCAAUGUUCGAUUAAUAAAAAUGUCAAUUGUUAUGUUUAAAUAACAGGCAAUUGACAGUGUGUUAAAAAUAACUUUUUAUGUUGUUAAUUAGUGACAGAGACAAUCUAAUUAUGAAAUUACGUUGUGGAAAAUAUUCGAAAACGUAAUUAACAGAAAAUCACGGGAUUGAAUCGUACUAAUGAUCCAAUCCGCGGCAUAUCAAAAAUAUAUAUAAAAGAGAAAGAAUAAUUAUUGAUAAUUAAUAAAAAAUAGACAUAAUGUAAAAGAUUAUUUUCUUGAAAUAAAAGAGUGAAUGAGGUUGUGUUUUUCCUGUGUGUUUUCGGCAUCACAAUAAGAAAAUAAUAGUAUAUCACAUACCUAGGGAGGAGAGUAGGACUUUCUUACCCGUGUGAAUAAUUGUCUACUCAAGCCGAAGGCGAAAUAAUAUAUUACAUACCUAGGCCAGUUAAAUGAAAAAAGUCUCAAAUCACAUGUAAUUAGUGAUGUGAAGGUGACCGUCAGAUCAUUUUGUGACCGUCACGUCAUGGUCACAAGACCGUCAGCGGACCGUUUACAAAAUGACGGGCCGUCACAAUUGUGAUGACAUCUUACAAAUGCCUUUAUAACUUCCAUAAAAAUUCAAAUUUUGAAACCGCCAUUUUCUCAAAGAUACCACAAGAUAAGAUUACGGUAGUAAAAAUAAAUUUUCAAUCAUUUACAAAAAUAGAUUGCUUCCAAUCAUCUAGCUAGAUGCGACUGAUUAAAUUUGUGACAAAAAAUUUUUGACGGGUCGAAAUGACGGACUCAGGCCGAAAAAUCUGUGACCGUCAUUUCGCAUUAGAACGGGCUCGUCAUUUAGGUCCGUCGGUCACAAGACCGUCAGCGGACCGUCUUGUGACCAAAACUCAAAAUGACGGUCAUUCCGCAUCACUAAUGUAGUUGUUGACCAAGGCGAAGCCAAAUUCACGCAAAUUCGUCUUGGUUUUGACUUAACUGGCUUACUUAGUCACGAUUUAAGACGACCGAGUCUAAAUCAAGUUUUAUUUUUAAUCCCGGGUCCCGAGUCGAAAAUAAAACUUGAUUCGGUCUUGCUUCACCUUAUUUUCUUUUGAAGUUAUCGAUUUGCCGGAGAUUUUCCAAUAAGAUCUCGAUUAGUCUAAGCCAAGUCAAUUUCGGAUUUAGACUUUUUCGUGUUAAAUCGUGACUAAGUAAGCCAGUUAAGUCUAAACCAAGGCGAGAACUCAAUGUAUUUCGUAUCUCCGCAAAAAAAGUCGAGUUUGUCUUGUGAAAAACGUCUCUAAAUUUCGACUUGAUAUACCGUCUAAAUAUAGUUUUAUUUUGGACCCGGGUACACAUUACGGAUGAAGGUAGGACUCGCCUUUGGCUUGGGUAGGCAACUACACACCCGGGUUGAAAUGUCACUUUCCUCCCUCAGUGUGUAAUAUACUAAUAAAUAUAUAUAAAUAAUAAAAUAAUAUACUACGAUGUAAUUUUGUUACUGACCACAUUUAAUUCCGUUAAUGUGUAGUAUAAUUGAAUAACAAAAAAAAAAAAAGAAGCGUUACUAAUGAAAACCGAAUAAAGUCAAAUAUAAAAAUUGUUUUGUAUAAAAUAAGUAGCUAAUUGAUGUAAUACAGUGUAACUAAUCGUAGAUGAAUAUGUAAUAAAAUAUUUGAAUUAACAUCAAUUACCAAUUAAUAAUUUAUAAAUAAAUAAAUGUUUAAUAUUCAAUCAUAGCUUUAUUACACAAUAAAAUAAUUCAAAAACAAACAAACAAUUAUUUUAAAAAAAUAUUUUAUGUUGCAACAACUAUUUAUUUACUGAAGAUAACGAAGGUCUAAUGAAGGUAACCUUUGUCUUCAUUUAAAUGUUAAACAUAUGUGUAUUUAACAUUUGUGUAUAUAUUUUUUUUGAUACAUUUAUAUCGUGAGACCGGUAGAUGGCAUUGCUGUAAUCACAACCGGACAUUUAAUUAACGAAGUUGUAAUUGCACGGGUAAUUAACAAAGU